GCAGAGUCUGUCGCUGAUGCAACCACACUGACUGGUCCACCCAGCCGGCAUCUCUCACCCACGUCUCGCUGUAAGAAGUCAGGUUUUGAGUUAGGAGUCCUUGAGCCAUGGCAGAUCAGCUGAGUCCUGAUGAGAAGUUCGACCUCAUCACUAGGAACCUCCAGGAGGUCCUGGGAGAGGAGAAGCUGAAGCAGGUUCUUCAGGAGAGAGAGCUGAAAGUUUACUGGGGUACAGCGACCACAGGAAAACCCCAUGUCGCUUACUUUGUCCCCAUGUCCAAGAUAGCAGACUUCCUGAAGGCUGGAUGUGAGGUCACUAUUCUGUUUGCAGACCUGCAUGCCUACCUUGACAACAUGAAAGCCCCCUGGGAGCUGCUGGAGCUCAGGGUGAAGUACUAUGAACAGGUCAUCAAGGCCAUGUUGGAGAGCAUUGGUGUGCCACUGGAAAAACUCAAGUUUGUCAAAGGAACGGACUACCAGCUCAGCAGAGAGUACACUCUGGACGUGUACCGCCUGUCCUCCAUGGUGACAGAGCAUGAUGCUAAGAAGGCCGGAGCUGAGGUUGUUAAACAGGUGGAGCAUCCUCUACUGAGUGGUCUGCUCUACCCUGGACUGCAGGCUCUGGAUGAGGAGUACCUGAAGGUGGAUGCCCAGUUUGGAGGAGUUGACCAGAGGAAGAUUUUCACCCUGGCAGAGAAGUACUUGCCCUCUCUUGGCUAUGCUAAACGUGCCCAUCUGAUGAACCCAAUGGUACCAGGACUGACAGGAACCAAGAUGAGCUCUUCAGAAGAAGAAUCAAAGAUUGACCUACUGGACUCUAAAGAGGAUGUGAAGAAGAAGCUGAAAAAGGCUUUCUGCGAGCCAGGAAACAUCCAGAACAACGGAGUCCUCUCCUUUGUCAAAUACGUCCUCUUCCCUCUGCGUGGAGAGUUCUGCAUCAAAAGAGACCCCAAGUGGGGUGGAGAUAAAGUCUACACGGGAUUUGAAGAGGUGGAGAAGGACUUUGCUGAGGAGUCGGUCCAUCCAGGAGACCUGAAGGCCUCAGUGGAAGUCGCACUAAACCAACUGCUGGAUCCAAUCAGAAAGAAGUUUGAGUCGCCUGAGCUCCGCAAGCUUACCAACACUGCCUACCCUAACCCUUCAAAGACAAAAGCGGGAGGAAAGGGUGCCAAGGCCGGUGGAGGAGGAGGAGGAGGAGAUGAUGAUGAGCUGGCCCCCUCCAGAUUGGACAUCAGAGUGGGCAAGGUCAUCAGUGUGGAGAAGCAUCCAGACGCUGAUUCACUGUACCUGGAGAAGAUCGACGUGGGCGAGACGGAGCCCAGGACGGUAGUCAGUGGGCUGGUGGCCUAUGUUUCACAGGAGGACCUGCAGGACAGAAUGGUGUUGUUGCUGUGCAAUCUCAAACCCCAGAAGAUGCGAGGGAUCGAGUCGCAAGCCAUGCUGCUGUGUGCCUCUGUUGAAGGGGAGCCAAGGAGGGUGGAGCCUCUAGACCCUCCAGAGGGUUCGUCACCAGGGGAACAGGUCUUUGUGGAGGGAUAUGAGACAGGCAAAGCAGACGACAGACUCAACCCAAAGAAGAAGGUGUGGGAGAAACUACAGGUCGACCUGAAGGUCUCAGACGAGUGUGUAGCUCAGUGGAAAGACAAGCAGCUGAUGACCAAACUGGGACAGAUCACAUGUAAAACACUGAAAGGAGGCAACAUCAGUUAAAUACACUCAAGCUACAUUCACCACUGAAGCUGCUGCUGCCCACCACCUCAAAACAACAAUACGCUCAUCACCAAAUUGCCAUGGCGACAAUGGUCAAUCUUCAACUGGAUGUUUUCUCGGAAAAGGACAUCGAUGCCAAAAGUCUCAGAUGCUUUCAGACUGGCUUUGACAAAUUCUGUUACCUUGCUUUGACUUCAUUAGGAAAGAUAUAUGUAAUUCCUCUAAACAUAAGCCACUUACAAGAAAAAUUAUGAAACUAAUCAACCUUUGAUUCUUUCGUUUAUCUUUUUUGUUUACUGGGCAUUGAUGGUUUUACUAAUGGACUUAAAUGUACACAUACAACAAAUGUUCUGCAAAUCGUAGAUAGCCGGGCCUGAUCAGAUAAAGAAGGACUGAUUGCUUGAAUGUUGACGUACCAGUCGCUCAUUCUUGGUUGUAGCUGAUAAGGAUUCUCAGGUGUUUAAAAAGGGACUUAAUGUAUCAGUACUUUUCCUGGGUAAAAUUGCACUUGUGUUGUUUGCCUUCAUGGUAAAUGUCAUGCCAACCUGCCAAACCUAAUUAAUAAGAAUGGUUUUAUGGGGGUUUCAGUCAUCAGAUGUGUGGAAAGAUAUAUUUGCCUUGUGCUACAGGACGGUUACAUUUGGGGGUAGUGUUGUACAGAAAUCAAUGACUGAACAUUAACUGUCAUAAUCAAAUAAUACAUCAUAUCAAAUAUGAAAUAAAUGCUGAAUUUUGUGGUCUGCA